GCAAUACUGAGAAAGGGGUGAAGGUCAUCAAUUAACGAAAGACGAAAAAUUGUGAGGUUUUUAUGUUCGAUGCAAAAUUUCUGAAACGCGUGAAAAUGAGGAGUGUUUAAACUAUUAAAAAUAAUCCGUAUGGCGUAGGUAUUUCAAUUCCAGUUAUUUGCAAAUGAAAGAAAUAUUCAAGAAUACAGCUAUUUAGACCCCCACUAGCCACACCAGGAUGGUGGACAUGGUGCCUCCCAGCAAUGUGGAGUGGUGCUGGGACAGUGGGGAGGACUCAGACGUGGAUGAAGGGGAUGCAGGAGAGGUGAAGAAAAUCAUAGUUGGAAUAUGUGCAAUGAAGAAAAAAUCACACUCCAAACCAAUGAGGGAAAUUAUUGAAAGAUUGAAAAGAUUUGAAUACAUAGAAAUACUGAUAUUUGAUGAGCAAGUUAUUUUGAAUGAGCCUGUGGAGAAUUGGCCCCUUUGUGACUGUCUCAUUUCUUUCUACUCCUCUGGCUUCCCACUGGACAAGGCAGUAGCCUAUGAGAAACUACGCAAACCUUUUGUGUCCAAUGAUUUAAGCAUGCAGUAUGAUAUACAAGACAGGCGGGCUGUGCAUGAGAUAAUGUACAGAGCUGGCAUACCAAUGCUCCCCUAUGCUGUCCUGGACAGAGAUUCUGGGGACCCAACCAAGUGCCUGUUGAUAGAGGGGGAUGACCAGAUAGAGGUCAAUGGGAUUGUAUUUCAAAAGCCAUUUGUUGAGAAGCCUGUCUCUGCUGAGGACCACAAUGUGUACAUCUACUACCCCACCAGUGCAGGAGGGGGCAGCCAGAGGCUCUUCAGAAAGAUUGGAAGUCGAAGUAGCGUUUAUUCUCCUGUAAAUAAAGUGCGUAAAACAGGCUCUUAUAUCUAUGAACAGUUUAUGCCUACAGAUGGAACAGACAUCAAGGUUUACACUCUUGGUCCAGACUAUGCCCAUGCAGAGGCCAGGAAGUCUCCAGCUUUAGAUGGGAAAGUGGAGAGAGAUAAAGAUGGGAAGGAAGUCAGAUAUCCCAUCUUACUGAGUGCCAAGGAGAAACUCAUAGCUAGGAAAGUCUGUCUAGCAUUUAAGCAAAUGGUUUGUGGGUUUGAUCUCCUGAGAGCUAAUGGGGAGUGCUAUGUCUGUGAUGUUAAUGGGUUCAGCUUUGUGAAGACAUCUAUGAAAUAUUAUGAUGACUGUGCAAAAAUUCUAGGCAAUAUGAUAAUCCGUCACUUUGCCCCACAGUUGUCUAUUCCCAUCUACUACCAGCCUGAGGAUCCUCCCAUUGUGCCCACUACAUGUGGAACUAUGAUGGAGUUGAGAUGUGUGAUAGCUGUGAUAAGACAUGGAGACAGGACACCAAAGCAAAAGAUGAAGAUGGAGGCCAAACAUAAGAGGUUCUUUGACUUAUUUGAGAAGUACGAUGGAUUUAAGACAGGACAGUUGAAACUGAAGCGUCCAAGGCAGCUACAAGAGAUCUUGGACAUUGCCAGGGCCCUGUUAUUGGAGAUAGAGGCCCACCCUGCCAACCCUGAAGUGGAGGAGAAAAAGUCCAAGUUAGAGCAACUGAAGGCUGUGCUGGAAAUGUAUGGCCAUUUCUCAGGGAUCAACAGGAAGGUCCAGCUCAAGUACCAGCCUCAUGGGGCUCCUAAGAAGUCCUCAGAUGAGGUGUCAGAUGGAGAGCUCUCCAGCCAUGCUGCAGACCCAGGUCCCUCUCUGGUGCUGAUCCUGAAGUGGGGAGGAGAACUGACCCCAGCAGGGAAGAUGCAGGCUGAGGAGCUGGGCAAGGCUUUCAGGUGCAUGUAUCCUGGUGGAGAAGGUGACUAUGGUAACACCCCUGGCCUGGGCUUUCUUAGACUACACAGCACAUUUAGACAUGAUCUAAAGAUCUAUGCGUCAGAUGAAGGCAGAGUACAAAUGACAGCAGCUGCUUUUACUAAGGGACUUCUUGCCUUGGAGGGGGAGUUGGCCCCAGUACUGGUACAGAUGGUGAAGAGUGCAGACACCAAUGGUCUGCUGGAUGAGGACAGAGAAGCAGCUAAAUAUCAAAACAAAAUCAAAGCCAAGCUAAAGCAGAUUUUAAAUGAAGACAAAGAUUUUGAAGAAGAAGACAUACAGCAAUUAUGUGAGGACAGCCAGUCCAUCAGGACAGCUCUCAUGUUUAUCAAGAACCCGCGGCAGAUGUGUAAGAGGAUCCAUGCCCUCAUCCAGAAACUGACGGGAAGGAUAAAGCAGCUAAAGGCAGACCCUAGGACAAGAGGGAAGACGUUAUACCACAAUGAGACUUGGGAGCUAAUGCAGAGGAGGUGGGGCAAACUGGAGAGAGACUUCCAUCAGAGGAGUGGUUUGUUUGACAUCAGCAAAUUACCAGAUAUUUAUGACUGUAUUAAGUAUGAUCUCCAGCACAACCAGGAGGCACUGCAGUUUGAUAACACAGAGGAGCUGUACGUGUGUUCCAAGGCUAUGGCUGACUUGAUCAUACCACAGGAGUAUGGCCUUUCUAAAGAAGACAAGCUGUGCAUUGGCACCAGUAUCAGCAGUCCCCUCCUGAAGAAAAUUUACUCUGAUCUUCAGAGUAAUCUCGAGGAAGAUUUCACAAGGCUGGAUUCAAGGUAUUGCAAGGGGGUGUCCACGCCUUACCGCCAUGUUCGAACACGGCUGUACUUCACAAGUGAAAGUCACAUCCACUCGCUCCUGAAUGUAAUUAGAUAUGGGGGACUUCUGGAUGAUUUGACUGAUGAGCAGUGGAAAAGAGCCAUGGAGUACAUAGGCAGUGUGUCGGAGCUUAAUUAUAUGACACAGUUAGUGCUGAUGCUAUAUGAAGAUCCCAGCCAGGAACUUGGCUCUGACAAGAGGUUUCACGUGGAACUUCACUUCAGCCCUGGUGCCUAUACCUGUAACAUGGAGAAGGACAAGGACUUCCCUGUUGGCACUGGUUACAGACCCAAGGAGCAGAAGGAAAGUGUCAAGGUCCAUCCAGAUGCUGUCCCUUCUAGACCUGAUGUUUCUACACAUACUACCCCACAAGAGGCAGCCAUCCCUGCUCAGACAAGCCAAUCAGCUAAGGCGGAUGGUGAUUUCACUAUGGAGGAGAUCAUGGAGCCACAGAGUGCCCCAGUUAUUCUGGAGAAUGAUACAUUGGUUGAAGAAGAGGAGGGGAGAAGCACCCAGAUCCCUGCCAGUGGUGUGACUUCCAGUGUGUCUAACUCACAGGUCCAGGCCUCUCCCAAGUCAACAGCUAAACCCAUUGAUAUUCAAAAGAAAAGGUUUAGAGUGAUACCAAGAUCAGAUGACAGUUUGGUUGCUCCGUCCGUAGAGACAAUAACAGAAGUGGAAGAGACAAAGAUAAGAAGCCAGAACAGCAGCCCAGAUCCCACCAACCAUUCUAAGAGUGCCGAGGAUAAAACUACAAGUCCAAGUGAUUGCAUACCAGACUACCAUGUCUACCACACCAUACAUGCCAUUCCAGUGCCAAAAUAUUAUUCAUUUGCUAGUCUGUUUAGCCAAAUAGGCCAUCAUGAUCAAAAUACAAUGGAAAAAGCCACCAUCUCCCUGCCGUGUGGCACAGGGUCAGCUAACAGCAGUGCCCCGACCAGUCCCAGCCCAGGAGCUCCUAACAGCCCUCUCAAGUAUAAUGUCUACCACACCAUCCAGGGUCUGUCGGGACAUCACAGGCACUCUUUUGCAGGGUUCCUAGGCAGGAAAAGAGGUAGAUUGGGGAGUGGUGAUUCUUUGGGCUCAUCGGGUAGUCUGUUUAGCACACGGUUAAUUGGCAGUUCCUCCAGUACACCUAAUUUGUAUGAUGAAGAGGGCAGGCAGAUAGAGAUGGGUGUGGAGAGCUGUCCCAGGGUGCCAGAAAUCCGCCCCCUAGAGACACUCCACAACUCCCUCACUCUGAAGCAGAUGGAACACUUUCUACAGAAAAUUACGGAGAUGGUGUUUUACACCCCAAAAUCGACACCCCCUCGUACCCCCAGAGGUGUACCCACUCCUGUAGGUGGAGCCAAGAAGAAGGGAAUGCACUUACCAAGCUUAGGUUGUUCUUCCUCCAACUCCAGUGCUGGUCCAUCCUCGCCUACAUCUGGUUCUACUCCAGACGAUAUUCUCAACAAACUAAGACAUUUAAUAGACACUGCAUCGAACAGGGACCAACACGAGAGUCAAACCACUGACCAGGAGAGCAGUAAAACCAGCACUCGCUGUAGUAGUCUGGCCAAAUCACCAGGUGGUGGCAACAGCGAUAAAUCACCUGGUUUUAAUUUCAGCGACAAGUCACCAGGGAGCAGCACUAAUGACAGUCUAAAUUUGGAUAAGUCUUUGUGUGAUUUAGACGCCACCUCAGCUGAUGUAGAAGGUGCCACAGCUGAUGUGGCAGAUAAAAUGAAGGUGUCUUGAAAACACUUCAUAAUUGAGAAUUGAAUGAAAAGAUGUCUGUUGCUCUGCUGUGUUAACAAAGAAUGAUCUCUUCUCAAAUGAUGUUAUCUGUUAAUGAAGAGUGGAUAUCAGCUGACAGCUGAUUGUUUGUUCUAGACAAAACUAAUGAAUUAUGAGUAAGAGUACUAAUUUAUUUGAUGGCAACAGUGCCGGCAGUUCCAUUAGUUAAGGUUCAAGUUGUCUGAUCACUGAACAUUUCAGAUAAUAACCCAUGUGUCUAUUAUGAAAAA